AUGGACAUUGUCAAAGAAGGCUGGAUCCGAAAACGUGGUAAAAUUAUAAGGAAUUGGAGGUUACGUUACUUCAUUUUAAAAGAUGAUGGUACUUGGCUUGGAUAUAAAAACAAACCUGAUGGCCAAACUGUCGGUGAUAUUCCACCUUCGAAUAAAUAUACUGUUAGGGAAUGUGUGAUAAGAUUUAACAAAGAAGUGAAGCAUUUCACGUUUGCUGUAGAAGGAUUACUGUGGCCAAGGGUUGUUGAAAGAAAAUUCAAUGUCAAUACAGAAAAAGAAAGAAAGGAUUGGAUUUCUGCUAUCAUGUAUGUAGCACGUAAAUUAGAUAACGAAAAUACUUAUACAGUACAACAACAACUACCUCAAAUGCCGACAGAGUCAGUCAAUACGAGAUUAAAUCCAUUCGAAGUUGCUUCUACUAGUAGGAAAUGUUUCGACGAACUAUCUAGUAGACUUGAAAAUACAUCAAUCAGUACAUCCACAAAACAAAAAAAAGUCACUAUAGACAAUUUCGAGUUAUUAGAAGUUCUUGGCCAAGGUGGAUACGGUACGGUUAUCUCGUGCAGAGAAAAAAGUACAAAAAAAUAUUACGCCUUAAAAACUAUUGAAAAACUAUUUAUUAUUCGCCAUAAAAAAGUGUCUCACACUUUAUCAGAAAAUCAAAUUUUAAAAACCAUAAGACAUCCGUUUAUAAUAUCUCUAAAAUAUAGCUUUCAAACGGUUGACAGACUUUAUUUUGUCAUGGACUACUUAAGUGGCGGUGACCUCCAUUUUCACGUGCAUCGUAUUGGGUUAUUCGACGAGAAUUGCGCAAAGUUUUAUGGAGCCGAAAUUACUCUGGCUGUAGGUCAUUUACAUUCAAAGGGUAUCAUUCACCGUGAUCUUAAGCUUAGCAAUAUAUUAUUAGACAAAGAUGGUCACAUAAAAAUUGUUGACUUUGGUCUUUGUAAGGAAGGUAUAACGUAUGGGAAAACGACAAAAACGUUCUGCGGUACUCCAGAGUACUUAGCACCAGAAGUUUUCGAAAACGAUGAGUACACACGAGCUGUAGAUUGGUGGAGUUUUGGAGUGGUCAUGUAUAGAAUGAUGUGUGGUAGGCUUCCAUUUUACGACGAUAAUCAGAAAAUACUUUCAGAGAUGAUACGGGAGAAAAAAGUUACAUAUCCCAAACACCUCAGUGUCGAAGCCGAGAAUUUAUUGAAAGAAUUACUGAUUAAGGAUCCAUGCAUCAGAUUGGGUGGUGGUCCAUUUGAUUCCGAUGAAGUAGUAUACCAUUCGUUCUUCGAUUCGAUAAACUGGUAUGACUUGUUUGACAAAAAGAUUCCACCUCCCUUCAAACCCCAGUUAACCUUGGAAACGGACACUCGUUACUUUGACAAGCGAUUCACUGAUAGAAGAGUCACACUUACGCCGACCGACCUUAGUUACCGUGAUCGGGAAUUGCUGAUCCGGGAAAAUAAACAUUUUACCGACUUUUCUUACGAAGAGAGUCAUUCCUCCUCGAUAUCUAGUAAUUACUAUCGCAAGUAA